UUGAAUAUGUCAAGUUCGAUAAUUUUCUUCAUCCUUGCUGUAUGGCAUAUGAAUCGUUUCACCGCUCAAGCAGAAAAAUGUGUUAACGGUGGAAGUGAUCUGGGAACCAAUGGAGGAAAGGCAGUGAGCAACACUUGUGGUCGAUCACGUUGCUUGGCUUUUUAUCAUGGUAGUCCGGUGAUGUGUAUUGACGAAGUAUGUUGUCAAAUUGUGGGUCACUGUCCUGCCACUAAAAUGGCAGUUGCAGACCGCUGUAAGUCAGCACAAGAUUGUAAGCAUCAUACAACCAGUAGUGAAGUUGAAUGUAUCAACAAAGUGUGUUGUGUACCGUCUCCUAGUCACAAUCCAAGAUAUCCAUGCGUGAACGAUGGACAGCUAAUGCAUUACAUAUGCAAAGCGAUUGCAAUCCAGCUAAGUGAUUGCAAUCCAACACCACUAAUUUUUAAACAAGAUACUGUAUGUGUUGUUGACGAAUGCUACAGUUUGUCGGAGACGUGUCCGAACGGUGGUCGUCGGGUGGGUGCUACUCCAUGUGAUAACGAUACAGAUUGCAAUUCACAUUAUGCAGUCUCAUGGGAGUGUCUUCACCAUAUGUGCUGA